CCUCCUUACAACUUGUUUAGUGAAAUGCAUGCGCUCGCAGUCUCCUCUCCGCAGUUGCAUGCUGCACCGCAGUUGGUAACUUUUGACCACAAGGAUUUGAAUGAGGAUCGAGGCACACGCUACUUCAAUCCAUCCAGAAAAGUGAUUUAUUAAAGGACUUUUCCGCUGACUUGAUGAAUCACUUAGAAGGGUUCCCCUCAACAUGAGGGCCCGUAAGUGAUUCUUGGAUAUUGAUUACAGAGCUGCUUUGCUGUUAAGAGUUCCAUAUAUUUUCUUCUGAGUUUCGGCGACCCGAUAUUGGCGCAAUUACGCACGGAGAGGCGCAAUGGCACAUAUUCUGGACAGGCGUGCGCCCGUUUUGCUCUUGCUGUGGAGCUACUGCGUGCUGGCGGAUAUAACCUUUACGAACUUCACCUUGGACAAUGAGUUCCACUCAAGUUUUAUCCACCGCCGGCUGAAGAGCCAGGAGCGCAAGGAGAUGCAGCGGGAGAUCCUGUCGAUCUUGGGGCUGCCGCACCGGCCGCGACCUCACCUCCACGGGAAGCACAACGCUGCCCCGAUGUUCAUGCUGGACCUGUACAACGCCAUGUCCACGGAUGGGGACGAGACGAGAUACUCUUACCCUUACAAACCCAUUUUCACGACACAAGGCCCACCGAUUGCCAGCCUGCAAGAUAACAACUUCUUGAAUGACGCUGACAUGGUCAUGAGCUUUGUGAAUUUAGUGGAACAUGAUAAGGAAUUUCUACCUGUGCGGCGGCAUCAUCGAGAGUUCAGAUUCGAUCUGUCACGAAUCCCAGAGGGUGAAGCCGUCACCGCUGCCGAGUUUCGUAUUUUCAAAGACUUCAUCCAUGAAAGCUACGAUAAUGAGACCUUCCGCAUCAGCGUCUACCAGGUGUUGGAGGAACAUUCUGACAAGGAAUCAGAUCUCUUUCUGCUAGAUUCCAGAGUGAUCUGGGCAGCAGAGGAGGGUUGGUUGGUAUUUGACAUUACAGCCACCAGUAACCACUGGGUGCUGAACCCCAGCAGAAACCUCGGUCUGCAGCUGGCCCUGGAGACCGCAAACGGAGAGAGUAUCAAUCCUCGUGUGGCUGGGCUAAUUGGUCGCACUGGACCUCAGAGCAAACAGCCCUUCAUGGUGGCCUUUUUCAAAGCAACUGAAGUGCACCUGCGAAGCAUCCGCUCAGCUUCAGGAGGGGGCAAACAACGCAACCCCAACCGGUCCAAAGGAGCAAGGAGCCAAGAGGCUCUCAGAGUGGCCAAUGUUGCAGAAAACAGCAGCACUGAUCAGAAGCAGGCGUGCAAGAAGCAUGAGCUCUACGUCAGUUUCCGUGACUUAGGAUGGCAGGACUGGAUCAUUGCUCCUGAAGGGUAUGCUGCAUAUUACUGCGAGGGAGAGUGUGCCUUCCCACUGAACUCCUACAUGAACGCCACAAACCACGCCAUUGUACAAACACUUGUUCAUUUUGUUAAUCCUGAGUCGGUUCCCAAACCUUGCUGUGCACCGACACAGCUCCAUGCCAUUUCUGUGCUCUACUUUGACGACAGCUCCAAUGUGAUCCUGAAGAAGUACCGCAACAUGGUAGUCAGAGCUUGUGGCUGUCACUGAACCACCAGCAUCUUCGCAGGGACACGCGCAUACGCACAUGAUGAGAGGAGAAUCGACAGGGAGCUCAUUUAAAAUGCUGCAGGAUUGCAGUGUAACUUGUGCAUUUCAUGUAGACACAUUAUUGUAUGGCCAAACAUGAAUUUCACUCUAUUUAAAGGGGCAAUUCAACUCCAAGUCUGUUUAAAAUAAAAAUAAACAUGUAAUUCCUGGCUAUGCUGUCAUUUUAAGCAGCAAAUGCGAAAGACCUUAAGUAAGAAAUGGAGCAAAUAUUUACAAAACAAAUUCAACUUAAAAAAUUGAGUAUGACCUCAGAGUGGAAGAUGUUCAUUCAGCUAUUUAUUUUUUUAAAUAAACUAAACAAAUAUGAAAUUAUGAUCACUACUUAAAUAACAAAUAAAUAGAUAUUAUUUGUUGUUUACUGAUUUUAACUGAUGAAAAUCAAUGGUAUUAAUCAAUUAAACUUUUUGUGAAGAAAUUUGCAGAUCACCUCUUCUCACCACCUCCUUUUCUUUAGCUGUUUUAAUCUGAAACUGUUAAAGGCAGUAUAUUUGUCUGCUGUAUCACUCUGCAGUUCUCUUCUGUAUUCUGUUAUAAACUGCACACAACCCGCUCUAUCAACAUAGAACUUUUUUAAUUUAAAAAUCUAUUUGUACUCAGUUUAUUUUUAUUGCCACAAGAUAAAGUCUUAACAAGCCACGGAGAUGAAACAGCAAACUAAUGUCCUCCUUUGUGAUUCUCCAAACAAGAUACAAUAUAGACAACAGAAGAGAGGGACAGAGAGCAAGUCCACCUUUCAAACCUUCACAAUUUAUUUGUUUUUUUGUCUUUGCUUGCUGCCAAGAUGCUACAACUUGCUAUGGUCUGCAAGAAUUUGAUGCUACAGGUUCAUAUUUGAACAUGUGGGGUACUUGUAUUAGAGUUGUAUCAUUUUUGUCUAAUUGUUGACAAUGCCAUGAGUUGUAAAACUUUAUCUUAAAAAUAAUUAAUCAAACCAUUGUACCUAACCUUUUCAGAUUAUCAGAUUUCUAUUUUAUUUAUAUAUGUGAUCUUUCUUUUUUUGUUUUUUUUUUGUUCUUAUAAAACAGCUGAAUGAACAUUCUCAAAAAACAUGAACGCCAUUUUUAGGUUUGAGGCUAACAAGAAUAAAUUACUUACUUUAUUUGAAGGUGAACAUUUUCUUAUAUAACUUCUUUCCACAAAAUGCACCUCAACAUACAAACACAAUCAUGUUUGUGCUUUCUACUGUGUACAAGACACAUAAAGCAUAGACUGUACUGUAUAAUCGUUUAUUCGCCGUCAACCAUGUGUUAUCUUAAUGAUUAUGAUAACCAUUGUAGUUUAUUAUGUUUACCAUAUAUUUGAAUAUGUGGCUGAUAGAGGAGGAUAGAGGACUCUUUAUUCCCUCAAUGUACAAUACUGUGUAAAUAUUGUGGGGUUUUUUUUUUCAAAAAAACAACAAAAAAAAAACAAAAAGCAAGUGUAUUUAUUUCCUGCAUUGCAAUUUGGAUUUGUUUAUUUUAUUUUCCUGUAUAAAAUGCUGUAUUAUUUUUGGACAUAAGCAUUGCCUCAUUUAUUAGGAACAUUUUUAGAAAUACAAAUAGCUGUUUCAAGCAUCUUUUUCUGUGUGCUCGACGUUUUCAGGUUUGCACUUCUCUGCUGUAAUACAAUCUGUUGUAUUUAAAAAUAAACACCUAUUUAUUGAGAGCAGGCUAAGCUCUUCCAAA